AUGAUUGCCUCGUAUAGCCGCAUUUUCACGGCCGUAUGUGCUCUGGCAAGCACCGCGGCCGCCGUGACGCCCCUCAAGGUCGAUGGUAAAGACUUUAUCGACUCCGAGACUGGCCAUCGUUUCUCCGUCAUUGGAAUCGAGUUCGUGUCUUGUCCCCCGAUUCCCCACGACAGCCCCAUUGACUUCCCUAACAGCUACCAGCCCGGCGGCCAGUCCGGCUUUACCAAGAAGAAGGAUCCCCUGAGUGACCCCGACACCUGUCUGCGCGAUGCGGCCUUGAUGCAGCGUCUGGGCAUCAACACCAUCCGUGUAUACAACUUGGAGCCCUCCUUGAACCACGACAAGUGCGUGUCCUAUUUCAAUGGCGCCGGUAUCUAUAUGAUCCUGGAUGUCAACUCGCCUCUGGAGAAUGGCUCUCUCAACCGUGGCGAGCCCUGGACUUCGUACAACCCCAUCUAUUUCCAGCAGGUUUUUGGCAUUAUCGAGGCCUUCAAGUCCUACCCGAACGUGCUCGGUUUCUUCGCCGGUAACGAGGUCAUCAACGAGGAUGCCCAGUACCUGGUUCCUGCCUAUGUUCGCGCUGUCAUCCGUGACAUGAAGGAUUACAUCGCCAAGCACUCCAAGCGCGCUAUCCCCGUUGGUUAUUCGGCUGCCGAUGUCCGAAACAUUCUGGUGGACACCGACCGCUACUUUGAGUGCCACAUGAAGAACUCGACAAGCUCUCAGGCCGAUUUUUUUGGUCUGAACUCCUACUCCUGGUGCGGCAAGGCCUCGUACAAGUCUAGCGGCUACGAUGUUCUCACGGAUGAUUUCUCCAACUCCACCAUGCCGGUCUUCUUCUCCGAGUACGGCUGCAAUGAAGUCAAGCCCCGUGUCUUUACCGAGGUUCAGGCUCUCUACGGCGAAGAAAUGACCCAGGCCUUCUCCGGCGGCCUGGUCUAUGAGUGGACCGAGGAGGACAAUAAUUUUGGUCUGAUUCAGGUCAACAAGAAUGACAGCGUGACUCUCCUGAUCGACUACGCCAAUCUGCAGAACCAGUUCGGCAAGCUGGAUAUGGACCGCAUUGAGUCGAGCAACUCCUCCCAGACCAGCGUCCAGCGCGAGGAGUGCAGCGCGGACCUCAUUAAGAGCAAAAAGUUUUUGAACGCGUGGAACCUGCCUACCAGACUCGACAAGAUCAAUGACUACAUCGAGAACGGUCUGCCCAAUAAGCCCUCCGGCUCUCUCGUUCCUGUCUCCAGCACCUCUAUUCCAGAGAAAAUCUACGAUCACAAUGGUCAGGAGAUCUCCAACAUCAAAUACACAGUGCUGGCCAACGGCGAGGUGAACAAGCCUUCCAGCUCCAGCUCCAGCGGAUCUUCCUCCAGCACCUCGGGCUCUGACUCUGGCUCUUCCUCGUCCUCGUCCUCUUCUUCUCCUUCUUCUUCUUCUUCUUCUUCUUCUUCUUCUUCUUCUUCCACCGGCACCGCGACUGGCACUAACGCCGCCUCGGUGAACGGUGCCUCUUCCAUCCUUUUUGGUGGCGUAAGCGGUUUCUUCAUGCUGCUAGCAUCUCUUCUGUAA